AUGAUUUGUUUUCGUCGUCUUGUUGAUUUUUCACUUGAGCGAGAUGGAACAAAUUUUGCUCAGUUGGCAGUACAAUGUGAUCAAAUGGGACAAAUUGCAAUGGCAAUUUUUUACUACACAGAAGCUGCUCAGGCAUUACAUAUGGCUGCUGACGAAGGUUCUAAAAUCCCCAAUAUUGCUGACCGCAUUAAAGAAUAUAUGGAUAGAGCAAAUAGCUUGAAAAACAAUAGUUCUGGAGCAAUGGCACUUCAGCACAGUACAAAACCAUCUCAACAGCUUGAUGUAGAACGGGCAGCAUUUAUAGUCCAGCAAGCUUUUCAGGAAGAUGAACAGAACAACACAGAAGAAGCAGUGGAGUUAUACAUGGAAGCAGUAGAACUCUGUAUUAAGAUACGGCAACAAACCGUAGAUUCCCAUUUACAAGAAAGGGUUACUAAGCUUGCAAAACAAUCUCUGAACAGAGCUGAGAGCUUGAAAGGUUGUGCCAAACAGACACCACAACAGACCGCUUCAAAUGAUACUUCCAGAUCUAUAGUAAAAGAUACAAACCAGAGAGUCAUACCGCCCCUUGGAUUUGGAGCAUUCAAAAAUGAUACAGAUAACAAAGCUGCAGCAAGUGCCAAACCUCAGCAAAUCAGUGUGGCUGGUCCAGGAAACUAUACAAAAGAGGAAAUUGAUGUUUUAAGACAUUCCUCAUUUAUCAACAACAGAGAAUACGUCCCAUUUAUGUCUGUAGAUAGACUGGAAAGAUUUGCUUUCCCAGUUCCAAUCAGUGAUAAACAUGGAAAACUUAAGCUUUCUCCCAAACAGAAAGAACGUUUUUGUAAGUGGGCUCGGCCAGAAGAUUUUUGUGACAAUCCUCAAAUGGUAUAUGCUAUCUCUAGCUUUAGUAUCAGGCAGACAGUUGUAUCUGACUGCAGUUUUGUUGCUUCUCUUGCUAUUUCUGCUCAAUAUGAACGAAGAUUUAAGAAAAAACUCAUCACAAGCAUCAUUUACCCGCAGAACAAAGCCGGGGAACCAAUGUACAAUCCCUGUGGGAAGUACAUGAUUAAACUUCAUCUGAAUGGAGUGCCAAGAAAAGUGAUCAUUGAUGAUUAUCUCCCUUUAAACUAUAAUGGAGAAUUAUUGUGUUCCUUCUCUAAUAACCGCAAUGAACUAUGGGUGUCAUUACUUGAGAAAGCAUAUAUGAAAGUAAUGGGAGGAUAUGAUUUUCCUGGCUCAAAUUCUAAUAUUGAUCUCAAUGCUUUGACUGGCUGGAUUCCAGAACGAGUGGCCAUCAGGCCUAAUACAUCAGAGUUUGAUAAGGAUAAGGAAUUCAAACGUAUUCUGGAGAGGUUUCACAAAGGCCAUUGUUUGGUUACUUUAUCCACUGGACAGAUGAGUCAGAAUGAAGCUGAUCGUGCUGGGCUUGUUCCAACUCAUGCCUAUGCCAUGUUGGACAUUAAGGAAGUAAAGGGAGUUAAAUUAUUCAUGUUGAAGAAUCCAUGGAAUCAUCUGCGAUGGAAAGGAAAUUAUUCUGAAAAGGACACCAAACACUGGACACCUGAACUACAAAGAAUUUUGAAUUAUGACCCUCAGAGUGCUCAAAUGUAUGACAAUGGAGUUUUCUGGAUUGAUUAUGACUCUAUAAUCCGCUUUUAUGAUGUCAUACAUCUCAACUGGAACCCAGAGUUGUUUAAGUAUACUACAUGUAUACACAGCGCUUGGCUUGCAAGAGAAGGUCCCAAAAAGGAUAAUUACAAUAUCAGUGAUAACCCACAAUAUCAUCUAGAAGUGCGAGCUACACAGCCAUCUGCCCUGUGGAUCCUUCUUACAAGGCAUAUUACAGAUAAGGAUGACUUUGCCAAUAACCGGGAGUUUAUUACUCUUUUAGUCUACACAAAUGGAGGAAAGAAAGUGUUUUACCCUUAUGACCCUCCUCCUUUUAUUGAUGGAGUCCGAAUCAAUAGCCCACAUUAUCUUUGCAAAAUGGUGGAGGAAAAAGGCACCCACUCUUACACACUCAUCAUUUCCCAGUAUGAAAAAAACAGUUCUAUUUAUUACACGUUACGUGUGUAUUCUUCCUGUGAGUUUUCCUUGACGAAAAUCACAGAUCCUUAUAAAAAGGAAUAUGAUAAAAAAAUCACAGGUCACUGGAAAGGAAGAUCUGCUGGUGGUUGUAGCAACUACCCUGAAACACAUAAAUUCAACCCAAUCUAUCAGAUAAAAAUUGAUAACAACAGCACAUCAAAUCAUUUACUGAUUGAACUUCUGGGUCCCAAGCAAUAUGCUGUGGGAUUUGAAGUGAUUACUGUUUCAGAGAAUGUUCCAAAUGCUCCUACUUCAUUUCAAAGAAAAUCAUCUGGAGAUUUCCGAGCAGGAAAAAGAAGGACCAUUCUUUUUAGAAUUCAGCAGUUCCAAUGCCUUCACUGUUACACAACUUCAGUAAAUUGCAGGAACCAAUGCAAUUGUAUUGAAGACUUUUAA